AUGCCGGAAUGCUUUCAGAACUGGCAUUUCCAGGCAGUGUGGACUUUCCCCCAGUGUCUGCUUGAUUUUAGGCCUUUCCUAAUACAUAACAACUGUCGUGUGAGAAAUAGCACUGAGCCUCUGUGUGUUAUUUGUCAUUCAAGGGUGCAACUGGAAACUGACUUGAAGAUUGAGAAGGAAUGGAGGCAGACUUUGCAGGAAGAUCUUCAAAAGGAGAAAGAUGCCUUAUCUCAUCUUAGAAAUGAGACUCAACAAAUCAUUAGUCUUAAAAAAGAGUUCCUUAACCUCCAGGAUGAAAAUCAGCAGUUGAAAAAAAUAUAUCAUGAACAAGAGCAAGCUCUUCAAGAACUCGGCAACAAGCUUAGCGAAUCAAAACUUAAAAUUGAAGACAUAAAAGAAGCCAACAAAGCAUUGCAGGGACUGGUUUGGCUGAAAGACAAAGAAGCAACACAUUGUAAACUUUGUGAAAAGGAAUUCUCACUCUCUAAGAGAAAGCACCACUGUAGAAACUGUGGGGAAAUUUUCUGUAAUGCCUGCUCUGACAACGAACUACCUUUGCCUUCUUCACCAAAACCAGUACGGGUUUGUGAUUCCUGUCACGCAUUGCUCAUUCAGAGAUGUUCAUCUAACUUGCCUUGAGACUCCACAACUAAAUCCUUAUGUAUGAAAUUACCUACAAUGAAUGCUAUGAUGUUGUAUACAAAGGUAACCAGACAGCUCUUCUUAAGGGGCUUUCGGUCAGUAUUUGGUACCAGUUUCUCUUCUACAUAUUCAGCUCAUGGAAAUUACAAGUUAUAUGAUAUUUCCUUCCCCAUUGUUAUUCAAAAUGUAUUUUCAACAGAGCAUGCUUAAAAAUCAUGUAACUCAUUAAAAGGCCAGAUAGCAGAGCUAACACAACUUGCCUUAUCUUGUAAAGGCCUUCUUAAAAAUAAGGCUUCAGAUUGUUUUUUUCUUCUGAAUUCUGUCAAUUUGGUAUUUGAUGGUGCCUGCAAUUCUCUUAAUGCACUUUAAAGCUUCACAGUUCUGAGACUGGAAAUGCAUAAAACUUUUUAAAUUAUUAAUAUUCUAAUUCAACAGAUUUUCAUUAUCUUUGUAAGAUUUCAACUGUAUUUAUUUGCCCUUUCUUCUCCCCCUCUCCCUUUGCCUCUUGCAUUAGACAGGGCCAAUAUUUUGUCCUACAAAAUUUCCUCUUGGUCUUUUUAAAAAUCAGUUAUUGUGCUUGCUGAAGAUUUUCAGCUACAGUAGAUUAAAUUAAAAGGGGCAUUAUUUGGCCUCGGCCUCAACUUUUUUCCUAACCUUGAAAGGAAGUUACAUAUAACCAUCUUUCUUUUCCUGAUUUAUAGAUCCCAUAUGCUGUUUCACUAAAUUGCUGUUUUUUUAAGGGGUGACUCAGACCCCAAUUCAAAGAUGAAAACACAAAUCCUUCCCCAGAAAAAAAAGUAUGUAAUAGUAGGAGAUUACAGGCUCCUUAUAAAGAUCCUCUCCUCUAAGCAUUAAAAGUGAGAAAAAAAUCAGAACUUUGCUUUGGUAAUAAGAGUUCAGUUCAAAAAAUUUUUAUUAACAUUUUCAUUGGAGUAAAUUUUAGGAAGCAUCACAUUGUAGUGGCCUACCUGUAUACAUCCACAGUAAAAUUUCACCAUGUCCAUUGAGCACCUCUAUGCCAAGGGUGUUGAGAUGAUGAAAUAUACACUUGACCUAUUUCUUUUAUUUCGAGACUGAGUUUCACUCGUUGCCUAGGCUGGAGUGCAAUGGCACGAUCUCCACCUCCUGGGUUCAAGCAGUUCUCCUGCCUCAGCCUCCGAAGUAGCUGGGAUUACAGGCAUGAGCCACCACACCUGGCCAGUACACUUGACCUAUUUCAAGCUGACUCAAAUGAACACUAAUCCAAGUUAUAUUGCUUAUGGCAUACUAAAUUUAACUUGUAUAAAUUACCUCUGAAUAGUCAACAUAAACACUAUCACCAUUCAGUAUCCCUAUUUUUUACAUUAAUUUCUAACCAUGCACUUUUAAGUUUGUGAGCCUAUAAAAAAUACAUAGAAAAUUUAUGGAUUAAGAGCAUUAUUUAGUGGUUAAUCCUAGGUACCUCCCUGCCCACAAAGGAGUUAUUAAUACUGCAGCAUCUUUUCUUCAUGAAUAUAUGCUUCCAUGAAAUUUAAAUUUUUCUAAAUAGCCGAAGGAUGAAAUGAAUACUUUAAGAUCUAUUUUCUCCAAAACCCAUAAAUUUCCAGUCAGCUUUUGAGGUGUCAGAUGUGACACAGAUUUUUAGAUGGUCUUUCUUGAAUACUGAUAGAAAUGUCCUCAAGAUGAUAGGAUUAUAUUCUUGAACCAUUUUGUAUUGAUAGGUGGGAUGGGCUAACAUUUUUAUGAUUACUGAAUAAGCAAAAAAUGAAAUUUUCAAAUAGGCUUUUUAUUACUGUGCUUAGGACAAAUUUUAAAAUGUGACUUAAGUUGCUUAAAUUCCAAGGCUAAUUUCAUUCAACAAACCAUGAUUUUUAGUCAUCCUUUAAGUUUCUCACUUUUCAAAACUCACGUGUCACCACUGACUUUUUUUUUUUUUUUUUAGGCAGCUUUUAUGACAGCAACUUGCUCCAUGUAGUUUUGGCUUAUUUAAAAACUGUACUAACUUUGGAUUUUUCUGUUACAAGACUUUUAACAAUCUGUAUUUUAUGAUUGUGAACUCGUAUUCGUUUUACUUUUCAAAACAGACUUAACAUACCAUUCCCUCACCUAUCAGUACUACCACAAUAAUGCUAUCACGGUGCCAAGGAAUUACAAUUGUUAAUUCUUCUAACCUAUAAUGUUUAAAAAAUAAAAUGUGAAUUUUAUGAACUAAAUAAAUAUUUGGAAAAUUAGCCUGCUUUAAAAGGGCAACUUUGGUUUCAUUAAUACUGUAUACUUUUACUGCUUAAUGAUGUUAAGAGGGUAAUCCUGGGAAAAUAAAACACAUGCAACUUUCAAAAAAGA